GCGUGUUGUCGUGCGCAAUUUCCUGUUUCUCAGCGCCUUGACCAGGUUGUCCAAUUAGGAGAGUUAGUCAACAAAAACUCACCAAGCUUAACAAUUCUCCCGGAUGAGGCGAUACAACAGUCCCCCGCCUCGCUAUGGUGCGAGCUCGUCAGAGACAGAUCCUCUGAUGCGUGACAAGCCUUCUCAUCUCCAUCAAUCCCUCAAGAAUUACAUUCGAACGGCAUUAAUUGCUAUCAUAACUGCUUCAAUUGCGGUCAUCAUCUUCGCAUCAGUAUCUGACCCUUGUAAUAAUCCCUUAGAUCCGGAUGUUCGAGAGCGCAUUCGCAAGGCUUGGAACAUCGAACUUCGCCAGCACGAGAAAGAAGUUCUCGAGCGCAGUGACACCCACAAACGCUGGCGUUUGGAAGAUAAUGACAGGAUUCAUCUCCGCGAACAAUGGGGAACAGAAGUUGAAGAACACAAUCGUGAAAUGGAGAGGCUAAAGCGCGAUGAAAACCGUAGCCGCGAACAGUGGAAAAAAGAAGAAGAUGGCCACGAGCGUGAAGUGGAGGAGAGACGCAAGCACGAAGAAGAAGAACGCUUAAGGUUGAAUAUGUUUUGGACCGACCCGACUUCCCACACGUGCACGACAUACGCCACUCGAGAGUACACUGCCCGACUGGUGAACGUUCCAUCAUACUACAAUCGCCGUGUGGAGGCUUGCAUGGCCACACCGAUAAAGAUCCACGGGACUGAAUACACGCCUAAGUGGUGCGAGGAUCAUGGUCCAAGCAACGUAAUCGGUCAUUGGGAAGUUGACCAACACGAGCCAGAUUGUGCGUCCUACUGGACCUGGUACAAAGAUUUUGGCUGUGUUUCUCCCGGAUCCGGUCAGCGACUUAUUGAACACUACCUUGAAAACAUCCCGUCUGGAGGCGAUUGGAAGGAGUUCUGUGCUACCACUCCUGUAAGCUUCCGUGGGAUGCACUUCACGGGGGCACAGAUCUGCUUCAAAAAUAACGGUGCUACAUGGGGCCACUGGGUUUUUGAUGACGAGAGCUGCAAGUAGCCAAGUCACUAUCAUAACGACUCGUUGUCGGACGACGACGAGAAUGUAGUAAUUUCGAGUGGUGUCAGUCCUAAACCUUUCCAGAGUGUAUUCAGUAUCUUUAGUCUGUUAGGUUUCCUUCUUUUUCUCGAAUACAAGUUACUGCAAAUCAA